AACCCCGCCGCUAGCUGCUAACUCCGGGUCACAGAUUCACCGCUUCAGACCGCCACUUCAGGCCACUGCUGCCGUCCUGCUGGGGGUGGUGGUGAGUCACGGUGCCCGGGGUUGUUCAUCCUUGUCGUGCAUGGAGGGUUCAUAUCAGCGCGGUCAGGCAGAUGAUCCCCAGCAUCAUGUCUUCGGUGGAGGGAUACAACACCCCGCCAUAGAACAGCCGAACCGCACCGCUCCACCAUGGAUACCUCCAACGGCUAACUUCCCCGUACCUCUUCCUGGAGGAGCAUCUUUCGGGCGAUCUCCGUAUCCCCUUUCAUAUGGAUUUGACCCCUCUGUCCCCCCGCCUCCUUUUAGUUGCCCUCCACCGGGACACUUCCCAGGAAUGGUGCCUCCCGCCACUGGAAACGUGUUCCGUUGCCCCGGAGUCCUGGCGUUUGAGGGCCCUCCACACCAGCUCGGGGCCGCCCCUCCCCGGGCAGACUGCGGGCUUAGACAGCGAGAGGACUACCGUGAUGGGGGGCUAUCCAAAGGGGGCUCGGCAUGUACUCCACAGCCUCAUCCUCCGGAUUGGGACAGCAGUUGGGAGACUGUAACCCAACAAGAGGAUGAGGAGGUGCUGCAGAGGAGGCAGGACAGACAGUGGCUGACGUUGUUCCUACAGAGCGGAGGUAGAACAGCCAGCAGCCCACAGCAGCAGCGGCCAAACCUCGCCUCCAUCCCCGCCUUUAGAGCGACGUUGUACGGUGCAGCUCGGCUGGUUUCACGGCUGCAGGAGCUCUGUCACACUCUCCAGCACAAGCUACACAAUGACAGCGGCUGGUCUGAGUCCUAUCGGAUGGCUUCACACGUAAAGAGAGAACUGGAGGCCGAAGUUAACCAACUCACUGACUACCAGAGUUUAGAUAAGUUGAAAGUUAAAGUGGCCCGUAUUUCAAAGAGAAGAGCCCGGCACCUGUGGGCCAAGAAGGAACUGCAGAUGGAGAAGAAACUGGCAGAAGAACUCAGCUCUGAGAAGGAGGCCUCCAUAGAUAAAUGGAGGAUGAGACGGAUACAGCAAGUAGAAGAAAAGAAGAAGGAGCAGGAGUUGAAGUUGUCUGCAGACAGUGUCCUGUGUGAGGUGAGGAAAAAACAAGGAGAUGUGAAGAGGAUGCAGGAGAUCAUGAGAUCGCUGGAGAAACUACGCAGGCUAAGGAAAGAGGCAGCAUUAAGGAAAGGUAUUGCCACUGAGUUGCAGUGUGAAGAGGCGUUCAGCAGCCAGCUGGAGCAGCUGAGAAGCGUGAUAAAGAUAAGAACAGAGCUUUACUCAGCAGAGGAGAAGGCUCUGAAGGUGAUGCUGGAAGGAGAGCAGCAGGAGGAGAGGAGGAGGGAGCAGGAGAGACGAGUCAAGAAAGAGAGAGAGCGGCAGCUAGAGAGGAAACGCAGGGUGGACUCCAUGCUGUUUGGAGAUGAGCUUCCAGCUGAAUGUGUCCUUCAGCCUUUCACCGACUAUUACAGCCAAGCAGAACACUCCUUGCAGGCGCUGAUACAGAUAAGGAGGGAUUGGGAUUCAUUUCUGGUUGCUGCAGAUCACCCUGAUGGUUCUUCUGUUCCUCAGAGCUGGGUCCUGCCAGACUUCCCAUCAGACCAAAACUGGGCCUCUGCCUUGCAGGCUGCUGAUGUUGACGUUCUCUGACCCAUAUCCAAUAGUUGAACAUAUUAUCAGACAAAUAACAUGGAUUCUGCAAAGAUUUUUUAUAGAAAACACGUUCUCUUUAAAGAUGACAUUUUUAUUAUGUGGAUUCUGAUUUAAUGUGUGACAACUGCUGUUAGAUACACAGCUCCACCCAUCCUUGUUAUGGGUUUGUUUUUUUUUCAUUUAAAAUGUGGUUGAAAAAAACUAAUUAUAUUUCUAUUUGCCAUUGUAUGAACUUGAAAAUAAAACAAAAUUAUGUAUUUGUA